UUGGUUUACCCGAAACGAAGUGACUCUCUCAAUCUUCACUCUUCUCGCUCGACAACUCGCCCAUCGGAUGAGCUAAAGGCUAGAAUUGUUGGCGCCCUCUCGUCACGGACGUUUGUUUGUCCACAAUGCAAAAAUGUGCAGCGUCUAGAUCCAACAAUCGUGUUCAACAAUCGAGUGAAUUCUGGAGGAAGUGAUGGGCAAUUUGAGUCCGGUAUUGAGAGUGACACGAGGAAGAAGUCGAUAGAGGCGGAAGAUAGGGAGGAGGAGGAAGGUGGCAAAAGGAUUCGCCGAUUAAGCUCCGAGGUGAAGCGACUAGAUUCUACCGGCGAAAGGUGCUAUGCCUUCUUCACGUCAGUGCCCCGCCUGGACGGUGAGCGGCAGGGGGGUUGGUGGCGGAAGAAUGCCGAGCCUCAGGAAGAAGAUGCAGGGUCGGCCACAAUGACUGACACUUCCUCAUGCGGCUAUUCAAAGAGCAGCUUUCUGCGAAAGGCACUCGCCUUGAGGAGAGGCAACAGCCGCACUCCACUGACCGGGGAGGAGGACAAGGUUGUGACUCAUGACCUCGACAUUUGCAAGAAUGUGCAGUUGCCGCGGGCCGAUUGCCAGACAAUAGAAGAUGAGACUGUAGGGGCAGAGGAUGAUGUAGAUGAGGCUGAAGAGAACUGUGUUGUCAUGGCUGCAGAGGGAGGGGGAGAGGGGGGGAGGACGACUUCUUCCGUCUCAAGACAUUCUCAGCGGGCCAAACGCGUCUCGUCCGGAGUCGCCAGUUUCUUUCGCAGACUCCUUCUGGCGCAGACUGAAGAGGAGGUUGACGCCAUCCGCAACCAAACCGAGGCCUGUAAGUCUGAUUUGGCUGUUGUUUCCCUGUUUUAA